GAAAAACCAAGGACGGAUGAUGUCAUCAAAGCGCGUCAAUUUCUCCCCGGUUGAUGAAACUUAAAACUUAUGUGCCCUUAAAGUCUUUUCUGUCUCCCUAAAAACAGCAAUUAUGCUAGUUCUACAAAGGUGUCUUUUUUUAUUAGAGUUUCCCAGAGGGAGGCUCCUUGCCAGCCUGUUAUCGCGGUGUUACCACAGGCGGGUUAACGUAUCCAGACCAUGUGUAUUAUUUCACCGUCCGACCAUCAGAACCAGGUUAGAUCAGCUGUCGUCACAGGACCAUCAUGUCCUACCUGCUCAUCCCAGCUCCUUCAGAGGAUUCUCAUCUUCACCGCCAGCCAGAGAGGAAGCUCUGGGAAAGAUCCAGUCAACACAUUAUCAUCUUGUUUACACAUGCAAGGUUUGCUCCACAAGGUCCAUGCAGAGGAUCUCUAAAGUGGCCUACCAUAAAGGGGUGGUAAUAGUGACCUGUCAAGGGUGCAAGAACCACCAUAUCAUCGCCGACAACCUCGGCUGGUUCUCAGAUCUGGAGGGGAAGAGAAACAUUGAGGAAAUCCUCGCCGCCAAAGGGGAGACCGUGAAGAGGAUUGAAGGAAGCGAUGCUUUAGAAAUAGUCGUGGAGGAAAAGAGCAGAGGCUAUUCACAAAAAACUGACAAAGAGAAAGAAAAUGAGCCAGAAACAACAUGAUUUAACUAACAGCAUUUGCACUUUGUACUGCUAUGUAUAUAUAUUUAUAUUUACAAUAAACACAACUUUUUGACCGUGUUGA